GGCUCAGCCUGAACCCAGCCAUCGGAAAAGACGCUGCUGCGGCCGCUAGAAAGCUGCUCGGGACCCUGUCUAUGAUGCUGUUGUUACGAAGAGUUGCAGUCUCUGGCCUUCGAGUUUCCAGGUUGGACAGGUCUGUUGUCCCAAAGCUACGUCCCCAUGUCUGCUUUACCAGUGACUCCUCCCAACCCCAAAGCCCCAAACCUGACUUUUCUAAUGGCAGCAUUCCUUCAAGAUACUGGGCAGCUGCAGGAGCACUGCUGGGCUUUGGGGCUGUCCUGGCUUAUGGAAACCACAGAGAAAAGGCUGCCCAAGAGUCAUUCCGUGUAUACACAAAGGCAGAAGUGAGCCGUCAUCACAGUCUUGAGACACGGGUCUGGGUAACUUUGGGCCAUGAGGUCUUUGAUGUCACAGACUUUGUGGCCAUGCACCCAGGUGGACCAUCUAAAUUACUGCUUGCUGCAGGGGGCCCCCUGGAGCCUUUCUGGGCCCUCUAUGCAGCUCACAACCAGCCACAUGUGCGUGAGCUCCUAGCUGAGUAUAAGAUUGGGGAGCUAAGCCCUGAAGAAGAAAGAUCUCCUGACCUAGCUUCCACUGAUCCUUAUGCCAGCGACCCUCCCAGACACCCUGCUUUGCAGAUCAACAGCCAGAAACCUUUUAAUGCAGAACCACCCCUGGAGCUCUUGGGUGAGAGCUACAUCACGCCCAAUUCUCUCUUUUUCACACGGAAUCACCUGCCUGUACCUAUCAUAGACCCUGCCACAUACCAUCUGCAAGUGGAAGGGCCCCCAGGUCGUCAGUCGCUGAGCCUAUCUUUAGAGGAUCUCCAGCGCUUCCCUAAACACCAGGUCACAGUCACCCUGCAGUGUGCUGGGAACCGUCGAAGCGAGAUGGCCCAAGUUAAGUCAGUCAAAGGAUUAAACUGGGGGGCAGGGGCUAUCAGUACAGCACAGUGGGGUGGUGCUCGGCUGAGAGACGUUCUCAUCCAGGCUGGCCAUUUACCCUAUGGCCCUGAAGCCCAUGUAUGUUUUGAAGGGCUGGACUGUGACCCCACAGGGACAGCCUAUGGAGCCUCCAUCCCCCUAGCUCGGGCCAUGGACCCUGAAGGUGAUGUUCUGCUGGCCUAUGAGAUGAAUGGACAGCCACUGACCCCUGACCAUGGCUUUCCAGUGAGGGUGGUGGUACCCGGCAUAGUGGGCGCUCGAAAUGUCAAGUGGCUAGGAAAGGUGAGCAUCAGCCCUGAAGAAAGUCCUAGCCAUUGGCAACGCCGUGAUUACAAAGGAUUCUGUCCCUCCGUAGACUGGGACAAUGUAGAUUUUGACUCUGCCCCAGCCAUUCAGGAGCUCCCUGUGCAGUCAGCCAUCACAGAGCCCAGGGAAGGGCAAACAAUAGAGCCUGGUGAGGUGACUGUGAAGGGCUACGCUUGGAGUGGGGGAGGCAGGGCUAUAAUCAGGGUGGAUGUAUCUCUGGAUGGUGGGUUAACCUGGCAAGAGGCAAAGCUGGAAGGGGAGGCACAAGCACCAAGGAGAGCCUGGGCAUGGCGGCUAUGGCAGCUGACAGCACCAGUGCCUACUGAGUGGAAGGAAUUGAACAUUAUCUGCAAGGCUGUGGAUGAUGGCUACAAUGUGCAACCUGACACUGUGGCCCCUAUCUGGAAUCUUCGAGGUGUGCUCACUAAUGCUUGGCACCGUGUUCAUGUUCAGGUGGCCCCAUAAGAACAAUUACUGUAGCCUUUGACAACCUAUAAAACAUUCUUCUCAAUCUCUUCCUUUUCCAAGUUGUUUCUCCUUUGGACACUUCUUCUUUCUAUAAGAAAGACAUCCAAAAACUCCUUUCCCCUCUGGUUUGAUCUACUUCUCAGACACUAUCCCUGGGGCAGUCCCACCCCUUGUACAUUCAUAAAUAGAACUAUAAAUAAACAUCCCCUUUCCCUAACCACCUCUGGACAUACAUAUUUCUGUUCAUGCCUUCCUUCUAACUUCAAGGACUAAUACUGAUAAAUAUCUAUAUUUAUUUCAUUGUGAUAUCUACCUCGAACUCAGUGGUCCUCCAAACUCUGCUCUGAGAUUAAGUUGAAAGCUGGACAAAAGUAUCAAUCAAUGUAAUAAUACCUGUACCACCUUUUUUCUCUCCAGGCUUUUAAUUUCCCUGUCACCUCUGGUGUCAUAUUUUUCCAUUUUUUUAUGCAUAAUCUGUACAAAAGGGUGCAGGCUGCUCCCAGCUCCCAGGGUAAAGGGUAUUAUAAAGAAAAAAGGGGUAUUGUAACCCCCUCUUAUUUUUCUCAUUAUAUCAAUAAAGCUUCUGUUUAGUCAA